ACCGCCCAGUCAGCUGUGGCACCAGGAGUCUCUAGCUUAGCCUAAAGAAAAACAAAUAAAAAAAGCUAUUUCGGUAUUUACAUUAUGGAUAAGAGUGCUACGCGAUACAAUAUACAGCUUUAUAUUUAUGAUCUAUCGAGAGGAAUGGCCCGCAGCCUCAGUCCUAUCAUGCUAGGAAAGCAGCUGGAUGGUAUCUGGCACACAGCUAUAGUGGCAUACGGUGAUGAGUUCUUCUUCGGAGGGGAGGGGAUCUCCAGCUGUUCGCCGGGUGGGACAAUGCUUGGCCCUCCGGACACAGUGGUAGAGCUGGGAGAAACAGAAGUGUCUGAGGAGAUCUUUAUGGAUUACCUCUCUUCUCUGGGAGAAAGCACAUACAGAGGUGACAGGUAUCGUCUGUUUGAGCACAACUGCAACACCUUCACCAACGAGGUGGCUCAGUUCCUGACAGGAAGAUCCAUCCCCUCCUACAUCACCGACCUUCCGUCUGAAGUCCUCUCCACACCGUUCGGCCAGAUGCUGCGGCCCAUCCUGGACUCAAUCCACAUCGCCCCUCCAGGAGGAAAUGUCAUCAACGGGGGACGAAAUGUCUAAGCUGAGAGAGCAGAAUCUCAGAGUGUUCGCAAGGUCACUUCCAUUGUAGUCAGUCAGUGAGAAGUCUCAAGCUAAUCCGUCUGUAUUUCUUUCUGUAAAUAAGUUACACACCAGUAAUGAAGAUAAAGAUUUUUCUAAACUAUAAUUGAUUGCUUGCCUGUUAAUCUUGAAAAUUCAUAAUCUAAGUUUAACUGCCUCCUUAAAAUCUACAUGGUUUAUCAAUAUCACAAAUCAAAUUAAGUGUAACAGAAGCAAUUUUGGGUUUACCAGCAAAGCUAGAUUUUGAAAUUUCCCCAGACUAAAGCUUACUUUGAUGAAUGUUGCCUUCUUAGAAAUACAUCUACAGAAAGUCAGAUAUCGAGUUUAGAUUUAUAGCACUGCGGCUUAAUCUAGCUUAACUUUUACUUUCAUUCCAUAACACAGAAAUAUUGCAGUUUUUACUCCAGUACAUGUAUCUAAGAGCUGUUAUUAAGCCACAUACAACAUUAAAAUACCUCUUGCACAUUAGUGCAUCCAUCUUAAAAAUGCUCCUGCUUUUAUUUAAGUUGGAACUUACAGUUUUUUGUCCAUUUUGGGUAUGACAGUGUUUAUUUCAUAAAAAGUCUUCUGAAAAGCUCUUCCAUUUAGUCAUACGAAUUUUGUUCUUUUGUCACCACAUAUCAGGUUUCACGUGUUUUCUGCAGUGAGAAUCAUCUGCUGCUGACUACAAUGAAUGUAAUCUGAGUGUACACUUUUGCAUAGAUAUGUUUAUUAUUUUCAAUUGAGUGGAUGCAAGUUGAUGGAAAAUUUUGAAGAGUCUUUAAAUGUUGAUUAUAUUUAAAUUUUGCACCUUUAUGAUUUCUUUGACUUUUUUGUUGUUAGGUAGUCUGUAGUUAAUUUCCCAUCAGUUAUCCUUUUUAUGCUUGUGAGUUUUGUCUUUACCGUUUCUGAUGAACUUCUCUGUGGUCGCCUACUCACUGAACCUUAAAUUAUCAUUCCAGUUGUCACAUCGCUUGUGAUAUUACAUACAGCAGGUGAUUGAUGCCACUCUAAUUUGAUAAGAUUGUAUAUUCAGGUAAUCCUACAUAUAUGAAAGUAAACCCUGGUAGACAUUUGUUAACGGUAGAGUUGAUUACAAAAGUGUAUGUCAUGUAGGGCAAGAAGGCAACACACCAAACGGUUCCUGAGAGCUGUAAAAUCGUUUUCCAGACAAUCCCAGUCUUUUCUUAAAAGAUUUUUGGCAACAACAACAAAAAAACAAACUUUUUUUUUUUUUUUGAUUAGAAACAAUCCCAAAUGUAAGAUUUUUGGUAUCAGAUAUAUUCUUUGAUAUGAAAGUGAGCGCCAUCACAGACCUGACAGACCCUAAAUUGUGCCUCUUGGCCUGUUACCGGCUUCAAGGGAAGAUGGUGACAUCAUAGAUACAUUUUAUUAUACUUUUUUUUUCUUUUUUUUUUUUUUUUUAAAUACACUCAUUGUAGUUGCCAUGUGGUAAUUCUAAACAACUGCAUGUCCUCAGAUUUUUUUUUUAAUGUAGAGUUGACCUUAUGUUAAACUGUCAACUUAAUAAUAACUUGCUUGAGUCCUUUAACAGCCACCAGAGUGUGUUUAAUAGACAAUGCACCUCUGUGCCUUCAUUUCCCUCUGCUUGGCUACAGUCACACUGUUGGCAUGGUUGUAAUAUAGCACAGAUGGUAACUUCCUGUGCAGUCCGCAUGAAAAAUUUGGGAGUUGGUUUGCUGUGUAAAGGUCCAGAAACCCUAAGCUCACUGAUAUUGACCAUGCGAUGCAUGGAUUAAAUCCUGCAAGUGAGUGAAGGAAACACAAGCAGUUGUAAAAUGUUUCAAGGUUAAACAAAAAUGUGGCUCCAGUAACACUCACAGCCUAUAAUCUCAAUGAAUUAUCCACUGUGCUCUGCCAUCAGAAAGAACACAUAGCUGUCUAAUCUGAAAAUAAUGCAUAGGUUACAUGUGUUAGGGGUUAUCUGAUUAAGACAGUGUUACAGAGAUGAAACGUUUUUGAACUUCGUAAGCUUGAACACUGAAGAAGCACAGAAAAACAAGAAAUCUCAAAGAGUGAUUAGACCAGCAUUCACUUUCAUUGUAUUCUCCUGCAAUAACUAAACCUCAAACAUUUUACCUUUCAAGCACCAUCACACGGCACUCAAUGCUUGAUCAAUUCUCUAGUCUACUUGCACAAAAACAUUAGAUGUGUGAACAUUUUAAAACAGUUUUUUAGGAGUUUGUAAGUAUUUGGCUACUUUUAGGUUAUUCCCACUUUAAAAGGCUGGAAAGCUCAGGUGAAUCUGGUUUCUGUUAUUCUGCCUUCUGCUAACCAACUAACCGACAUGCUAAACAGACCACUGAAAUGUAUUACUGCACAAGUCACCCUUUGUUGCUCUAAUAUAUGUUGUUUCGGGCUGCUAACAGUAAUGUGAAAUUGCAAAAGAUAGUUACAGAUUUUAUUCCCAAUUUAAGUGAUCUAACUAUGGUAGAUAUUGUUUGUGUAAUUGUUUAAAAUUUGUUUUUGUGUUUGUUUUUUAAAUUUGUAAUUCUACCUGCAUAAAAAGCCAUUGACUGCA